UCUUGAUAAGAACUUUGUCGAAUCCAGAGAAGAGAAAACAGAGAAGAUGGCUUGGCGCUGCGGAUCGCUUUCGAGGUCGUUGAUCUCCACCGCCAGAACAUCAACUGUCCGCUCCACCACCUCCUCUCUUCCGCGCCUCCGCCCACCACUUCACGGCCACCGCCCCCAAUCUCGCCGCCUCCUCUCCUCCCUCACCAGGACUACCGGAGUGGUAGGGUGCUGUGAAUCGCUACUGCCGCUGCACAGCGUGGUGGCCGCCACUCGCCUCACUUCCCACAUUGCCGUCCAGGCUCGCGCUUGGUGCGAGUUAUCUCAGGCUUCUUUUGAGGAGCUGAAUAAAUUGCAACGAAAUGGGGGGAGGGAGGAGAUUGCAUUUGGGAUAGCUGAAACCUUACUGAAAAAUUCAAGGCCCCAAAAUGCAUGUGAGAAGAGUGCUAGCAACUUAACAGCGAAGAUGAAAAAUCAUGUGGGAACAAUAUGCUAAAGGCCUUCACUAGUACCAAAAAUGAAUUGCAGAGCAUCUAUGAAAAAGUCAAUUUGAGAUUGCCAUUAGAGAGACAUUUUGCAUACCACAAUCACUUUUGCAGUCCCCUAGAGAGAGAGAGAGAGGAACUUAGUUACAUGAGAAUAGCCUCACUGGAGAUUUGAGAAGUUCGGCAAGAUGGCCCGAGUCAAGAGAUCAAUAGUAGAGGUCUUCAUGGCUUUGUGGUCUCGUUAUUUUGACUUCCCUAGUAGUAAUAUCAUUGAACAUUGUAUUUUUGCUUUCUAUAGUCACAAAAUUAGUGUCUACUUCCAUAUGUUACAUGUCAUCUUGCUAGUUUGUAUGUGGAGCUACAAUAUGCAGGUAAUGGAAAAAUGGAAAAUCAAUUUCCAUAAUUUCUUUGCCUAA